CGAGGCGGGCGCAGCGCGGCGGCGAUGGGCGGCGGGGCGCGGGAGCUGGCCGGGUACCUGGCGGCGCUGGGCGGGUGGGUGGCGGCGCUGGCCGCCGCGGCGCUGCCCCAGUGGCGGCAGAGCUCGUACGCCGGGGACGCCAUCAUCACCGCCGUGGGGCUGCACGAAGGGCUGUGGAUGAGCUGCGCCGCCCAGAGCACCGGGCAGGUGCAGUGCCGCCUCCACGACUCGCUCCUCUCCCUCGACGUUCACAUCCAGACCUCCCGGGCUCUCAUGGUUAUUUCUCUCCUCCUGGGUUUCUUUGGCAUCAUUGUAAGCGUCGUGGGCAUGAAAUGCACCAAAGUUGGUGAAGAGGAUCCCGUUACCAAGAGCCGCAUUGCUGUUGCUGGGGGUGUCCUCUUUAUCCUCUCCGGUAUGAAUUCGGCUCAGCAUUGUUUGUUGGCUGGGGGGCCGCCAGCCUCACCGUGCUGGGGGGCUCCCUCCUGUGCUGUUCCUGCCCCACCAAGGAGCGGCAAGGACAGCAGUACUAUCGGCAGUCGCAGCCCUCAACAGCUCGGGAGUACGUCUGAUCCCUAACCCUGCUCUCCCUCUGCCACCAAACGCCUCCCUCCCUUCCCAAGAGCAGGCCAGACCCCGGUGCUCCUGCCCGGCACGGCGGACGCCGCACGGUCCCUGGGCACCACGCGAGACCUUUCAUCUACUCCGAACACACCUAUUUCUCAGGGGCUUUUCCAGCUUCCAGGUCACGGCACUGCAUGCAGUGCAAACCUCUAGAUUUUUAUUUUUGUUAUCAGAGUUCCUGAAUCCAGCACCGCCAGGCUCCCCAGGGGAGGCUGCAUGUCCGCCCCCAGCCCCGAGCUGCUGGGGCUGUGGGUGGCUGGGCCACGUCCCGUGGCUCUGGCCCCUGUGCCCAGCGCCGCUUUGGCAGGUGCUGGUCCUGCGGGGGUGUGAGGCACAGAGGCGCUUUGUGUCGCAGCCCCCACGCCACACGCGGCUGUCCCUGCAUGCCUCCGUGUGUCCUGCAGCCUUGCCGUCAGGAUCCAGUGCAGAGUUUUUCCAGGUUUUCCAGGGAAAAGGAUGCUGCCAACCUGUGUUGGACCCGAGCAGCAGGAAGCCCACCCUGGGGCUUGGUGCCCCUGUGGCCUGGCCUUGGGAUCUUAGGAAACAUUCCUGCUUUUACGGUGCAAUUAUUCCCUGCCCGGCUGCUGUCCCAAAGCAACAUUUUUAUUUAUUAAUUCUCGUUUUGAGCUCACAAGGAAUUAGAAACUGCUCUGGCCAGUGGCAGCCUGGCAGUUGCUGGUGCUCCAGCUGAGCUCUGUCAACUAAAAUCUGACCUGGGUGCAUUUUUCACCAGGCACAAGUACGUGGCCUUGUCAAGCAGAAGAACAAACUCUGGUGUUGGUCAAAUUAAAGCAGGCAAAAAAGGGGACUUUGAGCCACAAGCAGUGGUUUGUUUUUAUUUUGGUGCCCAGAGCAGCUCUUUCAGGUAACUCAGAGAUGGACAGACCUGUGAAUUUUGAUGUCUUCCUGCUGUUUCCAAAUCCCCCUUCCCCGACAGGAUUCCCUGGAGCGUGCGGUGAAGUCUUUAAGCUCAGGAGCACUAAUUGCCACCACCUCUGCGUACUGCGUCUUGGCUGUUACUAACUGCUCUGAACCUCCAUCACUCCAAUUUCUUCUGUAAAUCCCCCGAAGGCCCUGUACUGCCAGCUGUCCAUCUGUUGUGUGUGGUAUGCCAGCUAAACCGCAGGAAACCAAAUGGUGGAAAUGAUCCAAAGAGCCUGUUUUUUUUUUCGUGUGUGUUUCAUUUUUAAUUACUAUUUUUUUUAAUCCCAAUUACCCAAGUAGUUGAUUUCUCCCUGCUUAUUUUUGCUUUAUGCCCGUGUGCUGCUUUGGUUCCUGGCUAAAUUUUGCCAGUUAUCCCUUGUCUGCAGCCCCACGUUAAAGGAUGGGCAGCGUCUCCUCGCGUUGGAGGGGAAGCCGCGCGGUCUCUGCCCUGGGGUUGGUUUCUCUCUGGCAGGCAGGACUAACAGCCCUCUCUCUCUUUUGACUUGCAGACCCCAUGUAAAAAUAUCUUCACCCGUCAGGGGAGAGCAGUGCUUGUAGUCUGUCUUCACCCAUCAGGGGAGAGCAGUGCUUGGUCGGCUGAACCCAGCUGAUGGGUUUCCCCUCAAAAAAUACACACCAAAGCUACUGCAGUGAGGACUGAAAAGGAAAAUCACGCUUUAAAAAAAUAAUAGUUGAAAUAUGUUUUUAUAUAAAGAGCACAGCGUUGUGUAGAAGAAUGUUUCUAUUCUUUUAAUAUGAAAUUAUAUUAACUUUCCUAUGGGAUGGACACCGUGGGAAUGGCACUGUUUGGGAUUUCUAAAUUUUUUUUUUUCCUGAU